AUGGCGCGCGUGGGCGGCCUGCGGCUCGUGAGGCUGGCGAGGCUGGCGCUGGGGGAAGGUCUCCAACAGCAGACAUGUUUCUGGACCCCAUUCCAGCUGCGAGCAUUAGCUCCCAUCCAGACAGCAAGCCGUUAUCAUCCACACUCUACCAUCCCCAGUCUCCAGACAUUCUGGCUUCAAGCUGCCCUCCAUCGUGAUGAUGCUGGCUCCCUCCCACCAAUCAUGCUUGCAUCCCUGUCAGCCCUGCUGUUGGCUGCAGGCAGUGCCUUCACUGCAGCCCAGUCUGAAGCCAUGUCCUGGCCAUCCGUUGGAACUAGUCCUGAGAUCCGGCGUGAAGAGGAGCACUUUCUUGCUGCAAUCCAUGAAGACCACACCGGAAGAGCCGCCGUGGUGGGAAUGUUCAUCCUGCCCUUGUUGUCUCUGUCCUGUGGCUAUGCUCCAGAAGUUGGGAUACUGGGAUCUGGGGCUGCGGUGACUGUCCAGGCACUCCAUGGGUUGGAGCCCUGGGAGAUUGCCGUCCUUCUGUGGGGCUGUGCCAGGCUGGGCUUCUGCCCUUCUGACGAGUUCCUGGCAAUCGUAAAGGCUGAGGUCCAUGCCAAGGCAGAGGAACUCCGCCCGGAGGAUGCUGCCAGCACCCUCUGGUCGCUGUCCAUGCUGAAUCGCAUCGGCGAGGCGGAAUGGAACCUGUUAAUGAAGCGCCUGGGAAGCUUUCAGGUAGCGGACUUUGAUGAAGCGACAGUGCUGCACCUGGUCCAGGCUGCUGCCGUCUAUGCCAGCCUGAAGGCAGGGGCAGGUGGUGAGCCACCCCUUGGGCUGGACCCGCGUGCCAGCAAGCAGGAGAUCGAAAAAGUUCUUGCACCUCUCAACAGGAAGGUCACACAGCGGUGUCUGGCAUCGUACCAGGAAUAUGUGCCAUUCCACCCGUACCUUGAGGGUCCGUACAUGUGCAUGCUGCACAUGAUGCAGAAGCUGCAUUGCUUUAAAGAGCAAGGCGCAUCGGGUGUGUAUGGGUCGUACUUCCAGGGCGUGUCUGAACAGGACCUGCAACAGGCGCGUGAGACGCUGCGCGACACGAGGAAGCUGUCUCAGAUAAAGAGGGAGCUCUUCUACCAGUGGAGGGGCAGCGAGGUGCUCAACAGCUGGCAGCAAGCACUCAAUGAGGUGGUCUUCCUAUUGAGUCGGAGGCUGGGCACUGCAGUCGUGCAGCCCCCAGAUUGUGACAUCCUGUUGCCGCAGAAGAGGGUGGUGAUCUUUCUUGAAGAUGACAGGCCCAUCGACAUGGGGUGCAGCCUGCAUGAGGCCUCCCAGAGCAUGCUGCAGCUCUUCGGUACCGAGACAGCCAUGCCAUCGGCAGGCUUUGCGCAACACGAGUCCGUUGGCGUCAAGGCCUCGAAGAUGCGCACCUUCCAGCGCAGGGGCUGGCGUGUUGUCACCAUCCCCUUGUCAGUGUGGACUCGUGUGGAGGGUGGCCUCGACGGCAAGUUGAAAUUCCUGCAAGAGGCCAUAUACAGUGGUAGUGCCACAGAGGGUUUCAGUUCGAUGCUGCAGUCGGCAUUGAGUCGAUGA